GUUUGAUAACAUUGAGUAUUCACAACAGUAGGGCGAAGGCGGCGGUUUCCAUCCAGAUAUUAGCGAGUUCUCUCCAAGGAACCAGACGAGGAUUAAAUCGUAUAAAUAAAUUCAACAUAUCGAAGUGUUUGGACAGCAGAUCCCUCUUCCUCUGCAUCCAGUGCUUCUCCAGAGUUUGUGCUGUUAGGGUGAUGUCAGCAGCCUGUCUCGUGCGCCUGGCAAGGUGCAGUGGUCCUCAUGUGGGUCGCACUGGUCUUUUACAGAAAGCCAUAGUCCCAUUUUCGCACCAGCAGGACAACCACCUCCAGUUCACAAUUUUACGAAGACAACUUUAUAGCCCUUCAGAGAAACGGCACAGCAACACACGCUUUGAUGCAGACAGCAGCGGCAGACCCACUACUUGGGAUUCAUUUGGCAUCUGGGACAAUCGUAUUGAUGAGCCGAUCCUGCUGCCGCCAAGCAUCCGCUAUGGCAAGCCCAUUCCUAAAGUCAGUUUAUCAAGGGUAGGCUGUGCCUCGCUGAUUGGUCAACGCAAGGAGAAUGAAGACCGCUUCCAGGUCUCCCAAAUGACUGACAACAUCCUCUACUUUGCUGUGUUUGAUGGGCAUGGCGGGCCAGAAGCAGCUGACUUUUGUGAAAAAUACAUGGAGAAAUUUAUCAAGGACCUUGUGGAAGAGGAGUCCAAUCUGGAAUUGGUUUUAACAAAGGCCUUUCUUGAAGUAGACAAGGCUCUUGCGAGGCACAUGCACUUCACUCCAAAUGUACCAGGGAUGAAUGCAGGAACCACCUCCACUGUGGCCCUGCUGAGGGACAGCAUUGAGCUUGUAGUGGGCAGUGUGGGUGACAGCCGAGCCAUGCUGUGCCGCAAGGGCAAGGCCCUUAAACUCACUGUCGACCACACUCCCGAGAGGAAAGACGAGAAAGAGAGGAUAAAGAAAAGUGGGGGUUUUAUUACCUGGAAUAGUCUGGGACAGCCAAACGUCAAUGGCAGGUUGGCUAUGACGCGCAGCAUCGGAGACUUUGACCUGAAGAACAUGGGGGUCAUUGCUGAGCCGGAGACAAAGAGAAUAUCGUUGCACCAUGUCCACGACUCCUUUCUGGCAUUGACCACAGAUGGCAUUAACUUCAUUAUGAACAGCCAAGAGAUCUGCAAUGUCAUCAACCAGUGCCAUGACCCCAAGGAGGCAGCUCAGAGAAUAUCUGACCAGGCUCUUCAAUAUGGCUCAGAGGACAACAGCACAAUCAUCGUGGUGCCCUUCGGUGCUUGGGGAAGACACGAGGGUUCGGACUCAAAUUUCUCCUUCAGCAGAAGUUUCGUGUCCAGUGGUCGCUGGGCGUAGUCAGCAGGACGUGGGAUGAAAGUGGGUGGUCUGUGGACCUCAUUAUGUGUGCAAUACAACCGAACAACAGUGCCCUUGUGGAAACAUUAUAAAGAGUGUGGUUUGCCCAGACAAUAAUAUCUGAGGGUAAAAACGUUUUGUUUAGAGUAGCACGGUAUUUAUUUGCCUCUGUGGAAUAAGAGGCAGUGAAUUCAUGAUGUGCACUAAAUGAAAAAGACCCCCUUUAUGAAAAAGGUUUUAUCUACUAGCAAGCCAAUGACCUUAUAGGUGCUCAAAGCUGAGGAGUGUUUGAAUGGCAGACAGGAAUUCAUGAUGACAUGCAGGUCAUCACUCGGUACAUAAGCUAAGAUUUUAAGACUCCAGUUCCCGGCUGUCUGCCAUUCAAAUGAUUUAUUUCAGCUGCUCAUUAUGCCCAAGUUUGCACUUACAUAUUUUAAUAAUUACCAUAAUGUGGAUAUGUUGCAUUUUCAAAAAGAAAAGAUUUAAUUUUGGACAAUUUCUCAGUGUUAACAGUAGGACAAUAAUUAAACUAUGUGAAUUUGUCAAUUGAUUGGAAUUAAUUAAACCCUUGUACGAGAGUACAAAUUGCAUUAUAAGUUCAGAGAGCAUCAUGAUUAGAGGCAACUGGAAUACAGAUACCAUGAACAAAAAAAGUCAGAAAGUAGGUCUCAAUGACUGUAUGUCACUUCUGGAGUUUCCUUUGCAGGUUGUGUGAUUCAUAAAUAUUUCAGGAGAAAAGGACCCUGACUGUUCUGUGAUCUGGUGGACUAGUGAGAAUGGAGUUGCUUAAUGCUGUUUGUAUUAACAGCAUUUAUUUGGCCGACAUGUUUAAAAGUGAGAUAUUGAUGUUUCUUGCUAUUCGGACACUGCUCAUGCUUGUAUAAGUGUUAAUAUCUGUACUGAUUUUAAAUAAGUCUCAUUAGGACACUAAUAAGUGUUCAGGGUACAGAAAUGUAUAUUUUAUGUUUUGUAAAUAAUCCUAUUUAUGUACAUCUGGAAAACUGAUAGUUCUGUUGCAUUUACUUAUCUCGCCUCGUAUCUGAAUAUUUCACCCGCGCAUGAACGUUGUGUUGGUGCUCGUGUUGUGAAAAGCUACAAGAUUUUGAUUGUAACUUCGGCUACAAACAGUAAUUCCUCAUCUACUCCACUUACAUGUCACUCAGAAAGAGCGAAGCACACUUAAUGCAACACUAAAGAACUGUUCAGCUAAGAGCCAUGUAUGACAAUGUGAAUGUUUGCUUCAAUGCCCUCCAUGACUAAAGAACUCAAUCAAACCCUGUGGGGUAUAGGAGUAAUUAAGCUGUAUAAGUUGUCUUGGCUGACCUAAUGUGAGUGGAUGCCUUACCAGUGUAAGACAGACUUAAACCAUUAGAUCGUACAGUUUUCGUUCACUGUUGAUCUUUUGUUUUUGUGGUUGUUGAAGUUAGACAGAUGCAGCACUUCAUAUUUAUCAGCAUUGGUCUAUUUGUGAAAAAACAACUUGUGUUAACAUCAGUUUUUCCUCAAACAUCAUUUUUUAGUGUUUUGUAAAUACUGUUUUCUUCCUCAUUCACACAUUGAAGGAAACCUUGAGUUCUUAUAAGGACUUUGUCUUUAUAAUUAACACGUCCUCAUUACAAGCCUUCUCAUUAUCUUUCACACCGUUCCUUUUUUUGAUUUACUGUAUUCUGUUUCACUGCCAUUCAAAUAUAAUCAUCAUAGCUGUGGAUCUAUAUUCGGGACCUAAUUGUGACUGUAGCAGCAGCAGCACUCUGUCAGUACUGUAUUUUUGGUCUGAAUGGUUUGUGAGAAACUUAAAUUAAAAACUAUACACCAAAAAGUA